AGGAGGUGGUGUGUCUCCAUGAGGCAAAAGUGUGUGUACCUACCAGUGUGUUCUCACAAUGAGAGAGGAGGUUUCGAAGAAAAGAUAGUGGAAAAAAUGUAUGCAGGCAUGCAAGUGAGAAUCAAAGGACAGACAGGAGUGUAAGAGUGAAAGAGAAGCCAGCUGCUUACCUUUGAUACACUCCCCACAAACACACACUCAAGGAACUGCAUCUACAACAUAAACAGUGAACUAAACACGUGUGUGUUGUGCCUGGAGCUGGUGAGGGGAUCUCUGAGGAUACACGGAUGAGAAAGAGGUGUGGGGGAGCCAAGGAAGAGGAGCCCCAGUGUGUUUCACCCCAGGGGGGAGCUGAUACACACCGCAGACAGCACACACACUCUAGCGGGCACUCGACACUGUUUCCCUGACAACUAGAAUGGGCUGCAAUUUGUGCACCUUGCAGAAACGGGAGGAACACUACAAACUGCUUUACGAGAUUGCACAGGUGAAUGGGCGUGACUUCGCCAAGGUCAGUCAUGAAGAAGGAGUGGUGGAGGCCAUCAGGCGAGAUCCCAUUGUUGUGCAGGUUCUUCGUCGAACCCCGACCAGAGCUACAGCUGCUGUUGCACAUAACUACAGCAGCAUGCCACAAGACCUGUGUGUGGUAGACGUCUGCACACAAACAGAUAUCACGUUUGAGCACAUCAUGGCACUGGCCAAGCUCCAGCCUGCUACCCCUCCCAUCCCUGACAUCUGUCCCUUCCUUUUGUCUGACAGCUGUCAUUCCAUCCACACUAUGGAACACGAAUUUUAUGACUGUCCAGAGUACCUGUCCAGCACCCCAUUAGAGGGAGAGAGGGCUGAAGAGUAUGAAUAUGAGGAGGUGGAGCUGUGUCGGCAGAGCAGCCAGGAGAAGCUUGGCUUGACGCUGUGCUACAGGACCGACAAUGAGGAGGACACUGCCAUUUACGUCAGCCAGGUGGAGCCAAACAGUAUAGCAGCAAAAGAUGAACGCAUUAAGGAAGGAGAUCGUAUUCUACAGAUAAAUGGCUGUGAAGUGCAAGACAGAGAGAAAGCUGUUGCCUUGUUGUCUUGUGAAGAAACAAGGAGCAUCAUACUUCUGGUGACAAGACCAGAGAUCCAGCUAAAGCAGGAGGUAUGGCUGGAUGAUGAGCAGCAGGAACUUGCAGAAGAGCUGAAGAUGGAGAUGUUGAAUGAAAAGAGGAAGCAGAAGGAACAUAACAUAAGGAGAGAUGAGUGUCAAGGUGAAGAGAUGAUGACAGACACAGCUACUUGUUCCUCCAACAAUCAAGACAGUGGGUUUGGACGCAGCACCGACAGCCCAGAGCACCAACCACUGCUGACCAGAAUACACAGGAGGAGCCCAGUACGUUGCCUGAGGGAUCGAUGGCAGGCAGAGCAUCCACACACAAGACAAAACAUUACAGUGGCACCAGACACCCAGAACCAAAGGACAUUGUCCAAAGGUCAAGUUCAUAAAGGGGUAGUGAGUAUUCGUAAUAGUGGAGGUGGAAUCUUAGGUUUAGAGAAUUGCUUCCAGCAACUUCUGGAGCUCAAGUGUCAAAUCCGGAAUGGGGGUGAAUGUGGGGUCUACUCUAUUCGACAUAGUAUAGAGUGUAGCCUCACUGAACAAGGAGGAGGGGAUGGAGAUGGUGCAGAUGCUGUAGAAGGAAAGGGAGGGGUGGAGCAGGAGUUGAGGAUGCUAAAUGAGGAACUGUGCAACAUUGAGUUGGAGUGCCAGAGCAUCAUGCAGGCACAUCAGCUCCACCAAACCCACCAGCUGGACCCAUCACUGUCCACACCAUGCUCACCGAGGUGGAGCCCAAAAGAUAGACACAAACAGCAUGACAGGCUGGUUGAUAUCCACAAACACCCAGAGUGCUUGAACAGCAAUACGAUCAGAGAGAAGGACAGCUCCAGUGCCUACAAUGCAGCAGAGAGUGCAUGGUCGACACCACUAGGUAUGGAGAGAUCUCCUGAGCAUUCUUUGCAGAGACACAUCAGCAUCACCAACCAGAAAAAUCUCAGACUGAUCUCUUCCACACCCUCAAGCCCCAUCCCUAUCCCCAAGCCCCAGGGGACACCUAGUCAUAGCAGACCAGUAGAUCCAGGUCCUAUUAUCUCCAGCAGUCCAGAUCAGAGUAAUCCAUCCCGGUCAGAGUCAGACCCUGCCCUGCCUGCAGAUGAUGAGAGGUGUGAGAAGCAAGGGAGGACUCGAGAUUACAGGAGAGGGCUUCCCUAUGGUUCGUCAUAUCAGACAACCCCUUAUCAAGGCCAGGGAGGAUCCAAGCAACUUCAAAGCUACAUGCAGCUGCUACAACAGCACUCAUCCCUGGAGUAUUCCCAGAGCCAGAUGAGUCUGCUCAGUGUCUGUCGAGAUCCUGCACACUGUAGCGGACGCCCUGGGGAACCCCGUCUAGAGUGGAAGGUCAAAGUCCGUGCUGAUGGCACUCACUACGUGGCCCGGAGGCCUGCUCGUGACCGCAUCCUGAGGGAGCGGGCACUAAGAAUCAGAGAGGAAAGGAGCGGAGGCAUGACCACAGAUGAUGAUGCUAUGAGUGAGAUGAAGAUGGGCCGCUACUGGAGCAAAGAGGAGAGGAAGCAGCACUUGGCACGAGCCAGGGAACAGAGGAAGAGGCGGGAGUUUAUGCAGAAGAGCCGACUUGAGUGUCUAAGGGAGGGGCCAGCGAGUGGAGCUGAGGGCAGGAAGGAGAUUAAUAUCUUGGAGCUCAGUCACAAAAAGAUGAUGAAAAAACGAAAUAAAAAGAUCCUGGACAACUGGAUGACCAUCCAGGAGUUGAUGAGCCAUGGGGCCAGGGUCCCUGAAGGCUCCAAAGUACACAACGCCUUCCUAUCUGUCACAACAGUUUAGCAGACACCUACAGUAUUGUGUAUUUUUAAGCACUAUAGAUUUAAUAGCAGGUAGCCUGCAUUUCAGGAACUACUGCUUUGCUUAAAAUAUGUCAGCUUGUGAAAUUAAAUGAAAAAUGUCACUCCUGAGAACCUCUGUAGCAUUUAUGAAGCAAUUUUGUAUAACUUUAAGGGCCAUGGCACACCAAGCCAUCAAUCUGCCAUCAGCUACUGUAGUUGAGUGUCUGUUUGUUGGUGGUCGUCUUCCCAGUGUGUCCCACACUGUUGGCACUUGCCGGACCCUGUCUGCAACUUUUCAGCCAACUCGGCAUGUUGAAUCAGUAUUGGGCCGGUCGGACCUCAUAGGUGAAAGAAACCACUCUGUUCAGCUUAGCAAAUCAAUGCAAAAGAAGAGAAUGUUCUGGGAAGCCUAUCGCUGAAGUAUCCAUGAUUUGACCCCCUUAGUGUGCUUUAUCCUUAUUUUUUUGCCUCCUUUGCCUCCUUUCUUCUUCCACAAUCAAAAGACCAAGGGAAGAGAACACCAGUGCCAUUUGCUAGAAAACAGCAACUGUGUUGAACAAGCUACUUUGUUUACAGCUUGUAUUUCUGCAGUCUAGGUCUUCUUCUUUGCCUUUCUGAAUGGUGAAUUAUAGAUACCACCACCUGCUGGUAGGGGGAGUUAUUUCUUUCACACAGGCGCACAAUGUACAUGCUAGUUGGUCUGUGCGGUGUGUUCUAUUUCAAUACAACUGACAAAGACAACAUGAGGCAACACAACAGUCGGCCUGCAUUGUUGCCACUUCUUUCACAUCAGAUUGGUGUGUCUCUGCCCUAAGAACAAGUUAUCCAACUCUAUCAUUACUGGACCUCAACAUUCAAAACAUUAUAUCCCUGUUUUUACACUGGCCUUUUGCUAAUGCACUGAUAGUACAGGAGUUUGGUAGCAUGUUGGUUCAAACAGAUACAAGCAAAGAACUGCAGAACCAACACAUUAAAAUGUAUACUAUGUAUUGUGUCUCCAUAUUCUCCAUUGUUCUGUUUCAAUACAUAUGAAGCAACUUCACUUGCCUCGUUCAAAGUGGCAUUUUUUAUAACAGGGAAAAUAUAAUAUUUUUCACACUUUGUAAACUCUGUUACUUUUGUAAAGGAAUUUUUACACUGAAUGUCACUGUACAAAACAUUUUAUUGUGUUUUUUUCUUGUUUGUAUUACCAAACCAUCAAGGUAUGAGUUCACACUUUUUGACUGUACUGUAGCCCACAAACACAGAGAAAUGAAAAAUACUUGAAGGACAACUCAUCACAAAAGAUUGUUUUCGUUGUGUUUGUCAUUUAAAUCAGAGCUGUCCAAAGCAUUUAGAGCACUCAAUGUAAAGCACUGAAAAUAUGAGCAUCCCAUCUCUCCAUAUUAGUCAUGAGCUGUCAUGCCUUUUUCUAAUUGUUUUACUUUAGUCAAGAGUGAAAACUGAUCAAUCAAGUGUUUGAAUUGAAACACUGACUUAAGGUUAAUAUUUCUAUUUAUUGUAAAUUAAUUUUUAUGGUUUCUCUAAGUCUUCAUAUUAAGUGGAUUGUCUUGAAAGCUAACAUGUUUCAAAGUGCUGUCAAAAAAGUCAUAUUUGCAGCCUUUCAUCUCAAACCUGCUGCUUUUUAGUGUAAAGUUCACUGAAGAGGUCUUCAGUAUUUGUUGAUGGUGACAUUUGUAAUAAAGCAACACUCAUAAUA